AUGUACCUGAUCACUGUGUUUGGAAACCUGCUCAUCAUCCUGGCUGUCAGCUCAGACUCCCAGCUCCACACCCCCAUGUACUUCUUCCUCUCCAACCUGUCCUUUGUAGACAUCUGCUUCAUCACCACCACCAUCCCAAAGAUGCUGUGGAACAUCCAGAUGCAGAGCCAAGUCAUAACAUAUGAAGGGUGCAUCACCCAGAUGUAUUUUUACAUACUCUCUGCAGAAUUAGAUGACUUUCUCCUGGCUGUGAUGGCCUAUGAUCGGUACGUGGCCAUCUGCCACCCUUUGCACUACACAGUCAUCGUGAACCCCCGGCUCUGUGGAUGUCUGGUUCUGGGGUCCUGGGUAACCGUUGUCUCCUUGUUUUAUUUCUCUGGCCUAGGAGUGUACCUUAGCUCUGCUGCUACCCACAGCUCCCACUCAAGUGCAACAGGCUCGGUGAUGUACACUGUGGUCACACCCAUGCUGAACCCCUUUAUCUACAGUUUGAGAAGUAAAGACAUAAAGAGGGCUCUGAAAAGAUUCUUUGGGAUGGAAACUUUUAUAAAAAGGCCAUUUUCUCCUGGGCUGAAGAACUGCCCAUGA